UAGGCAGGUCAGCAAACAAGUCGUCCAAAUUAACUGAGAAUCAAACGAACUAUACAUAUUUUAAUUUUAUUUUCUUGAGUUUAUUAAACUAAAUUAAUACCUAGUGGAUGCUAGUGUAGACUCCCUGUUUAGUGUUAAAACUGAAUAAACAAAGCUUUAUUUGAUUACGGUAUCUACUACACUGUAAAUAUGGAUGAGACCAAAAAGGGAUCAUCACAAAGUACCCCAAGUAUCGAGGAGCUAAAAACUAUAGGAAAUGAAUGUGUUAAAGAAGCAAAGUAUAUUGAAGCUGUGCUUCAUUAUACACAGGCGAUAAAGAUGGAUCCAAAUAAUUAUGUAUUAUACAGCAAUAGAUCUUAUGCAUUUUUGAAACUGGACCAGCAUUACCUUGCACUUCAAGAUGCUAAUGAAACGGUUAGACUACAGCCGAAUUGGGCCAAGGGAUAUUUUCGACGAGCAGAAGUUGAAGCUGCCAGUGGACUUUAUGAUGAAGCAAUCAUAUCAUACACCAGAGCCUUACAACUAGAGCCUCAUAAUCAAAAAUUAAUGGAGUCUAUAAAAACUAUUAGUGACACGCAGAAGAAUAAACAAAAAGUAAAUCAAAAUAUCAUAUGGAUUUGUACAUGUCUGGGCUUGAUUGCGGGUAUAGGAGUUGUUAUACUAGAUUUUAUGUUGACUUCAAAUCCUACACUAACGCACCCUUUAAGUAUGGUAGCAUUUUCGAUCGCGCUUUCAGGUCUUGGGUGGGCAAUAGGCAAAUCUGCAACAUUGAUGACUGCAUGGAAUGCUGGUAAAUCAUUGCAACCUCCUGAGGAUUUAGGUGUAAGUAAUUCAUCUGAAGAAAAGGAAUCUCCUGUUCACGAGAAAAGAACUAAAUAUAGCAAAGCACAGGCUCGGAAAAGAUAUAAACAAGGAAAAAUUUAGUCAAAAGAUGUUUAUAUCUGUUGAUAUUCAAUUUCAGCAUGUAUGCAUAAUGUCAAACAUUUAUAUUUGCAUUUUUGAUUUUACGAAAGUGGUUAAAUAGGUUUAACUUAGACAUUUUUAGUUAUAUACCUUUCAAAUAUUGGACAUUCAAUUUAGGAAGGCUUAUUGAUUUCAUUUAUUCAAAUAACAAUAAAUCUGAGUUAAUAUGAUUUGUCAAGAUAAUUUCCAAUUUAUAGCAAAGAUUGAACUUAAACAAGGCCAAUCAGUAUUUUAAGACAGUUGGCUCUGUCUACGCCGCAAGUGUUAUAGACGUGAUUAUAUGUUUGUAUACCUGUUUGCUGUAGAUCUAAAAAUGGUAUUUGACAUUAUGCAUAUCAUCAAUUUUUAUUAGCCUUAAAUUUGCUUGGUGUGGGUGAGUUAAAAAUAAGUCUUAUAAAGUAUGAAGUGUUAAAGCGUAUUUUAUGACUUUCGUUACAUAAUUAUGUACCAAAAGACAAAACAAUAGUGUUGGUGUCACUAUUUUCAAUUUAAUUGUAAAAACAAGAAUGCGUUUUAAUUUCGCAAAAUCAUUUAAUACAGCGUACCUAUAGAGUUCUUAUGAAUAUGGUGAUAUGAUGGUCUAAUACAAGUUUGUAAAAUCAAAAUCUGAUUUUUUUAUUGAUUAUUUUCCAAUAAUAUAUAUACAUAAUCAAUAAUAAGUUAUUGCAUAAUUAUGACCAUUAUAGUCGCAUUUGUAAAACCAUCUAUGUAUAUAAAAUUAUAUAGUGACACUAACCUAUAAUAUUCCAGUUUUAGUAAUAGUAAGUUACAUAUCUUGUUUUAGUUUUUAUAAGUGUUAUCAAAUGACCAUUUUGAAAUAAGACAUUUUAUAUGAGGUAGUCAUUGUUAUAAGAAUAUUAUUGUCGUUUUGUCAAUACACAGGUCCAAGGUAUACGGCUAGAAACAUGGCGAAGUUUAUUUGAAUGAACACACAGUAAGACAUAAUUAUAAAACUUGACAUCCUUUAGUUUAUAUUAAAUUACAGUCUUAAAAAAUGCAGCGUCCUCGCAUGCAGCAUUGUGUCUAGGGCCAAGAGAAUAUUUUAAAGCGUAAGUUAAGAGGAGGAUAUAUAAAACCGGGUCAACCAAGUGGCUAACAUUGUUACCAUACCAUACCAUGAAAAAAAGAACCAAACAGCGUGCCAUCGUGUACAGUAUACAAGUACAUAGUGAUAGGUACAAAAGACGGCCGCUAUGCAGGAUCGGCUAUUACAUACCACGUACUUUGUCUCAUAGUAUUGGCAUUUUAAGUUAUCCCGGUCUAUUUUAUUUCUUAGCCAUUCGGUUUGGUACACGAAUUAUUAUUUAUCCUUUUCAACUUGCAACCUUUUGGUGUACUGUGCGUAUAUGUUCAUGCGCAUCAUGUUGUUUUGAUAUCGGAAAUUGUUGUGCAAAUUUUGUAUAAUAUUAUAAAUUUUUGUACUUAAUGUAACUGUCAAAUCUUGCAAUAUUUGUUUAUCAUGUGAUUUUUUUUUAAUUGAAGAAAUAUAUCGACUUAAACAGAUAAUUUCGUUUUUUUACAUAUUUAGGCUU